AUGCAGGAGGCAGGUUGUGAGUGGGGACUUGAAUUUGGAUUCGAUUUAGCCACUCAACUAUCAAUGGACUCAACGACCUCGAUCAAUGAGUCCGAGAAUGAUGAGAAUCAGUCUGAAAUGGAUGUUUUGUCGCAGUCGACUGACAGCUCAAGCACGUCGAGUUAUUAUGAUAGGAAUGCGGAUCGAAGUCGAAGUUUUCUCACUCCACUGAAAGAUCAAUCGGUUCGUUCCAAGCCAUUCGCGUGGCAUCUUAAAGAGCGUCUACAUCCCAAAACACCGCUAAACAACCGCGACGAUGGUAAACUAUCGAUUGUGGGCAGUAGUAGGGACAGUAAGGCAAAUUGUAUAUCGUCAUCAACACCGAAUCAUCUACGCCACCAUUCAGCAUUCACUUUUCAUGCUGACGACGGUGAUGUUGCGAUGAGUCCUAUACUGAAGACGAACGAGAAAUGCUUCGUUAAUGAGGAUAAUGCAGUUGAUGACAUUUCAUCGCCAAAAACAGAGCAGCAGAAAAGUGAAGCGGCCACAACGAAUCUGAGUAUGAGUGAUGUUUUUGAAGUGUGCAGUGAAGAUGAAGGCACUGAAAAGGGUGAUGAUGAUGAGGGUAUUACAUCUAAUAUGCAAAGUUAUCGACGACGAAAUAUUCGCGAUUCAAAAUCAUUCAACUCAAAUUCAAGCGGUGAAAUUUUCGAAGACGUUCAUCAUUCAUCGCUUCUCAGUGAACAAGAAUCGAAUCAUGUAUUGGCGAAUAGUGCCCACAACAUUGACAAUAACAGUGCGAGUAUCAUUCAGAGUACCGCGUCAUGCAAUGCUGGUACAAAUGAAGAUAGUCACUGUGACGUCGACUCACAAGAUGAAUCACACUCAUCACGAUCGUUCGAGACGGAUGAUUCGGCACACGAAAGAAUACGGAAAAUAAAUUCGAAUAAGCAUCGUACAAUCGCAUCACUCUCAACUGAUGAUGAGGAUGGCAGCGAUGGAACUGGGAAGGAGCGUGAUGAAUCUGAAGGUGAUGAUCGAUCGGUAAAUGAAUCUGUUCCAGAAGAAGCUGAUGAUAACAAGAGUAGAUUGACUGUAGAGGAAGCAGCGUCAUCUGAUAUCAUCAACGAUGAUAACAGUAUUAUUGUUAUCAGUGACGAUAGUGAUGUUGAUGAACAACAUCCUGUGAAUAGUUCAAAGAGAGCGGAUGUAGUCAUCGAAGAUGAAUCGUCAGCUGAAGAAGACGCAAAAUCAGACGAAGAAUCAAAGACCAAUGAAAUGGGUCGAAAACAGUUAAAAGAUGUGGAAACAGAAGAAGAGGAGCCACAGAAAAGAAGUACGCCGCAAAGAGCGAUCGCUUCCUUCAGACGUCUUUCACCAGCAUCGCAACGUUUCAAAGAGACUCUCCGCGAUUUGACCAACGAGCAACUCCAACAGCGUCUUGAAUCUUUGAAUAAAUUGAAAGUGGUCGACGUUGCAAAACUGCCAGAUGGUGGAAAGCGUUUGAUGACAAAUAUUGAACUCAUAAAAGAGCUGUUGAAGCAACGUUCUGAGGACGGAAAUGACAACGACGAAAGUAUUAUUGAUGUCACUCCGGACUAUGAUAAGCCGAAAGUACCAACGAAGGGACCAAUUAUGAUUGAACCAAAACCUCUGAAUGCCGAAGAAUACAAUCGCUUGAUAACAAAUCGCCAACCUCCAAAACUGUUUGGUGGGAAAAUGACUGAUGAUCGAUUUGUGGUUGCAAAAGCGAUCACAGGUGAUGUUAUUGCAAAAAUGCACAGUUCGCUAUCAACAGCACCAGAAAACGUCGAAACGUCGACACCGGAUGGAUUGAAGACUGAGUUAAUGUAUCAUCAGAGGUGCGGUCUUACAUGGCUGUUGUGGAGAGAAAAACAAUCGCCACCUGGUGGUAUACUUGCUGAUGAUAUGGGUUUGGGCAAGACGUUGAGUAUAAUCGCGUUAAUUGUUCAUCAAAAAAAUGAACAACGCAAGAAGACAGACGAAGAUGACAAAGCGACAGAAUUGAAACGAAAAGCAUUACGCGACAAUAAGUUGAUACCAUCAAAAGGUACUCUCGUCAUUGCACCGGCAUCAUUGAUAUUCCAGUGGGAAGCUGAAAUUAAUUGUCAUGUCAAAACCGGUCGACUGAAUGUUUUAAUAUUCCACGGACCAAAACAGAAACGAGAAGAUGAUCCGAAGCUAUUGGCUAGAUACGACGUUGUUAUAACCACCUACAAUCUUUUAGCAAACGAGCUCGGCGAAAAGGCGCCUAUCAUUGAUGAUUCACUGUCGGAUUCGACAGAUUCCGACGGUAACGGUUUUCGAGUGAAAGCGAAUGUGAAGGGUAAGCGAAAGAUAUCGAAACAAUGCAAGUCGGUGUUGACGAAGAUUGCAUGGGAACGGAUCGUGCUUGACGAAGCGCAUCAAAUCAAGAACAAGACAUCGCUCGCAUCAAAGGCUUGCUGUCGGCUGGCUGCUCUGAACCGAUGGUGUCUUACUGGUACACCAAUUCACAACAAACUAUGGGAUUUAUUCUCAUUGAUCAGAUUCUUGCGAGUUACGCCAUUCGAUGAGGAAUCGGUAUGGAAGGAAUGGAUUAUGGGACAUUCCACAACAUCUUCGAACAGAUUGAACACUCUCGUUAAAGGACUUUUGCUACGAAGAACAAAAGACCAACUAUGCCCGCAAACACAGAAACCAAUAGUGGAUUUGAAGCCCCGACGAUACGAGAAGGUGGAGUUGAGACUUGAAGGCUUAGAAAAGAAAGUUUAUGAAAUCAUGUAUCUUGCGUCUAGACAAAAGGUGAAAGAGUUAAUAAAAACAUCGGAAGAACGAGAACGUGAAAUGUAUGGAUUGAGUCGUCAUCGACGAGGACCACAGAUGAACGAUGCAACACCAAUGCGAAAUCCUUUUCUAGGUGGCGCACGUACAAUUAGUGCCGAAAACAACUUUCAAGUGAUGAGCAGUGUAUUGACAUUAUUAUUAAGACUAAGACAAGCGAGUGUUCAUUUGGCUCUGACUAAAAAGGCAGUUGAUAUGGAUGCAUUCGAAACGAUUGGCAUUGAAGAUGAUGAAGUGAAGUCGGAGGAAAGCGGUGGUUUGAUUGAGAAAUUGGCGAAUAUGUCCAUAAUGGAGAAUGAUGAGCUCGCAAAUGAAGCCAUUAAACAAGCCAAUCAUACAAAUGUUGAACAACUUUUCGAGCCUUCGUUCCAUUCGGCAAAAAUACGGGCCCUCUUGGAGAGAUUAGAUGAAGCAUUAUCGGGUGAAGAUAAAUGUGUAAUUGUGAGUCAGUGGACCUCAUUGCUUGAUAUUGUUGAGUAUCAUCUGCAGGAGCGUGGUAUUGAAUAUACAUCCAUCACUGGGAAAGUGCUUACAAAAGACAGACAAUCGCGAGUGGAUAGUUUCAACAAGAAUGGAAGUGGUGCACGAGUGAUGCUAUUGUCGCUGACGGCCGGUGGAGUGGGUUUGAAUUUGACCGGUGGUAAUCACUUGUUCUUGGUUGAUCUUCACUGGAAUCCAGCAUUGGAGCAACAAGCUUGUGAUCGCAUCUAUCGAAUGGGUCAAACAAAAAAUGUUUUCAUUCAUAAAUUGAUUUGUUUGGACACGAUUGAAGAACGUGUACUGAACUUACAAGAAGCCAAAACGGCGCUUGCAAAAGGAGUUCUCGAGGGGUUAUUCAUUAUUUAUUAA